GCCCAUAACCUUUCACUACCAAUAUGAAUCAGCAUUGGUAUGAAUCAGAAAUUAGUUCCUUUAUUUGACUGUUACACUUGGUUUACCAAUUCACGCCUCUGUCCUAACAAGCCGUUUUUUCCACAAAUCACAGCACCAAGAAUUAGCUCAAACCCCAUCAAAUUUCAUACUAUGUUAGCAGUUUAUGCUCAAUUGUGAGCCCCAAAUAACAAGAUGGUAAAAUGGUUCUUGUUCUUGGUCUACCUUUAUCCUUUAUUAGUUAAUUAAGUCUGUGUAUGUGCGUGUGUUUAUUCCUAAAAUUUUCUUGUUAAGUUUUGCGUAUGUCACAUGAACUGGCAAGAAACAGUAAGAAAAAUGGAAAGUUCAAGAGUUUCUGUCUCAAUGUUCUGCUCUUUCGGUCUUUCCUUAUUCGUUAGAUGCAAUUUUUAAGGUGACCGAAUCAUAUUUAAUACACAUAAAUAUGGGCCUGUCAGGAAGCUGGAUUUCUUUGCCCUUUCCUCUCCUCUCCUCUCAUUGAACUUCCUCUCAGGUUUCCUCUUUCGAAUAAUUCUUGAGAAACCCUUUUGUCUUUGGACAUCAAUUCAAUCCUCUUCUUUCUUCUCAGUACCAUAAGAUUUUCCUCGCUGAAGCAAGAAAAUCUGACCUUUUUUUUUCUGUUUAUUACAAUGAGAGACUUUGCUUCUUGUUUCAGUGAAUAUGCUGUACAAGUUUCUGAUAGCGCUUCUUGUUCUAGUUAUGCAAAUACUUCUUGCAUCUCUCAAAAUUUGAUCCCUUCAGUCCAGAAUGCGGUGACUUGUUUAUACAAAACCAUUCUUUCUAAUCAGAAUCAAUUAGUCAUCAGAGUUGCAUGGUCAAAGAACUCUGCUUCUCAAGGCCUGAGCAUACACUUUGGUGAUGAUCCAUCCAAUUCUUUCAAGCUCAAUACGAAUUCUCGGUUGUUCAGGAAGAAGAAAGGCAGUAAAUGUUGUGAAUUCAAUGAUUACAAAGUUGAAGUCUUUUGGGAUCUCUCUGCAGCCAGGUACAAUACAGGCCCUGAACCGAUUGAUGGAUAUUAUGUUCUGGUCACGGUUGAUUCACAACUUUGCUUAAUUCUUGGUGAUAUGGCUGAAGAAGCAUCUUCGAAAAAGCUGAAAAGCGCCACCCCGGUUGCUAAAUCUUCGCUAGUUUCAAGGCAAGAGCACUUCUCUGGCAAUACCCUGUAUUCAACCAAGGCUCAAUUUUGUGAUACAGGCACUUGUCAUGAUAUUCUGAUAAGGUGCAGUGGUGAAAAUGAAGGGUUAAAGCAUCCAGUUUUAUCAGUUUGCAUUGAUAAAAAGAUGGUAACUCGAGUUAAGAGGCUGCAGUGGAAUUUCAGAGGAAAUCAGACCAUAUUUCUUGAUGGUUUAUUGGUUGAUCUCAUGUGGGAUGUUCAUGACUGGUUCUUCAAUCCGGCUUCCGGAUAUGCUGUUUUCAUGUUCAGAACAAGAAGUGGGAUGGAUAGUAGAUUGUGGUUGGAGGAAAAACUUGUGCAGAAGGAUCAAGAUAAAGUUGAUUUCUCAUUGUUGAUCUAUGCUUGUAGGUGCCCAUAACACGUGGAGACGGCCCAACUAGAACAAGAGGACACCCAAAUGAUGAUCAAAAUGUCUGAAUUGUACUCCACAAACUGUCUCCUGGCUAAAGUGGAUUUGGUCUGACAUUUCUGUGCUUCUUGAACAAAUGAUUGCACGAUGUACAACCCUGUAAAAAGGUAUACGGUACGUUGUUGUUACAACUGGAUUGUUCCGGUGCCGUUAUGGCAAGAACGCAGAAGCCAGAUGGUGCCUUGGAGCAUCAGCUAAGAUGAGUUCUGGUCCAGGAUUAGCAGCAGAAGCUAUUGAAGUUUGCAAGAAUGGUGGGUCGAUGUCCCUUUCCUGAACAAUAAAACUGCACUAAUUUUAGGGGACGAAGGAGAAAGGCCAUCUAAGCCAAGUUAAGGACGCUAUCCCAGCACAAAUUUGUUGCUCCAUAUUCUAGUUUGAUCACUGAAUGGAAAAGGACGCUGCUGUUUGCUCAGUUAUUUUUUUUUUUUACCCUAACAAAUUAUACUGAUUAUUUUUUACUUCAAAAUUUAUGAA